UCGAGAUAGAGCGUCACGUGGCCGCCGGAUCCGGCAGCGAGAUCAUACGAAUCCAUCGAUCAUCGUUAACGCAACCGCGAUUAUCGCGGAGCGACGGCGGUGCCAGUCGGCCGCCCACCGGGACCCGCGUUCCCCGAAAUUUCCGCUUGGAAGAUCCCGCGCGGAAACGGAAAACUUUCGGAGCGGUUCGACACCGAUUGGCCGUGGUCGAGGCCGAAAUUCGGCGAUCCUGAGACACUCGCUGGGAAGGAAGGGUUAUCGUGGCGGUGAUCGUCGCGGCAUCCGAAGACUAUCUGCUCGGUUAUCGGCUCGUCGGCUGAUUUUGCGCGCUGCGCGCGAAGCACCGUUGUCCAGCGCUCGCGGAGCGCACCGUGAACCGGCGCGGCGGCCACCGCUGAUCAACUGACACCGAUCACGGUCCGUGACCAGCAACACCAGAUAGACCUUCGGAUCGCAAACACGCCAGUGUCAGCCGGUGGUAAACAGUCGAUCGGCGUUCAUCGCGCUGCUUAGACGUUCGCCAACCCGCGUGGAAAGCUCGCGAGCAACGCGACGCGAUCGAGUCGGCUCCUCCGGGCGAUCGUGUUUUGCGCGGGCGUCACUCUCUCUCGGCUCCCGCGACACAUACUCCGAGAACCGCGUUCUUCCUUUUUUCGAGGACGAUCUUCGGGAUAACCAUGUGCACCGUCUGAGACAGGUUUCGAGGAAAACCGUUCACUCGCAGCAAGAUUCUCGGCAGACCCGGACUGGACGUUGGAGGACGGCGACAUGGCCAGCAAACCGUGGAUGCAGCCGGGUAUUGGAGGCGGAGGUGGCGCGGCCCACGCAGGUGGGACAGGUGACGACGAGGCUCCGAAAGAUCCCGGUGUUCGGAUCACCCAUCAGUCUUACACCGAGAAAGAUUACGAAGGUCACAGGGCACACACCGUCUACGUGGGCGUCCAUGUGCCCGGAGAGAGGAGACACCGUCGUCACCACAAGCAUCAUCAUUCCCAGCGACAGUCGUACAACGCCGAUAAGGAGAAUGUCGACGAGAGGCCCAGACAAUUGCUGAUGACUCGAAGGAGUCGACUAUCUAGCUUCUGCGAUCCCGACGGCGAGAUGAUAUUCACACCGCCGGCCCAGAGGGUGCAGUUCAUCUUGGGCGAAGAGGUCGGGGACGAUGCGCACGAGUCCCACCCGCUUUUCUCCGAGAUGGAGGAGCUCGUCAGGGACGGCGACGAGAUGGAGUGGAAGGAAACGGCAAGAUGGAUCAAGUUCGAGGAGGACGUGGAGGAGGGCGGAAAUAGAUGGAGCAAACCUCACGUAGCCACCCUCUCCUUGCACGCCCUGUUCGAGCUGAGGAGCCUUCUGCUGAACGGCACCGUGAUGCUGGACAUGGAGGCCGUCAGCCUCGAGCAAAUUGCCGACCUGGUCCUCGACAACAUGAUCAACAAGGGAUCGCUGCCGAUCGAGACGCGAGAGAAGGUGAGAGAAGCUCUGCUAGUGAGACACCGGCAUCAGCACGAGAGACGUAAAGACAACAACAUGUCCAGACUGCCAAUCAUCAGAUCGUUGGCCGAGAUCGGACGCAACCACUCCUCGUCGAAGAAUGACAACUGUACAUGUGGUAUGCUUGCGUUGUUGACAUCAGAUUUACAGGAGCGUCGUGACGCUGGGGACGCGUACGCGCCCUCGGUAGCUCGCAGCAGCAGUUGCCCUAAUUCGAACACAGCUCUGCUGUCGAAAGAGGCGAAAGAUCUGAAAGGACCGUACCUGCUGGUUCCAGUGGAGGAAUCGAAUUCCGCACCGGCGAUCGCCGGCGCAACAAGUCACGGCAGUGGGGCAACGCUGAAUCCCGGUAGCCGCUUCCUUGCAAUACCCGGUAAUCCCGGCCAAGAACCGACGACCACCAACGGGAUGGACCGGAGUCCCAGCAGCGUGUCCAUCAGCAGGAAUCAUAGUUCGUCCGCUUUGGAGAACGGCGAUGGAAACCACAGGGGGAACACGCACUUCAUGCGGAAGAUACCGGCGGGGGCGGAGGCCAGCAACAUCCUCGUCGGCGAGGUCGAUUUUUUAGACAAAACCUUGUCAGCGUUCAUCCGGCUGAGCCAGGCCGGGAUAAUGGGCGAUUUGACGGAGGUUCCGGUGCCGACCCGGUUCAUAUUCGUUCUGCUGGGGCCAACGGGAGGAAUCUCCGGUUUCCACGAGAUCGGCCGUGCAAUGGCCACGCUGAUGUCGGACGAGGUGUUCCACGACGUGGCGUACAAGGCGAAGAACAGGAACCAUCUUCUGGCUGGUAUCGAUGAGUUCCUGGACGCUGUCACGGUCCUCCCGCCCGGCGAGUGGGAUCCCGCCAUCAGGAUAGAACCUCCUGCUGCCAUUCCUUCGCAGGAGGUGAGAAAGCGACCGAAAGAGGAGAAGCCGAAGGAGGACAUGGACGAGGAGGGGGACGAGCAGAAGCUGAGGGAGGAGUCAGGCCUAUCGAGGAGCGGAAGACUGUUUGGCGGUCUGGUGAACGAUAUCAAGAGGAAAGCGCCGUUCUACCUGUCCGAUUUCAAGGACGCCCUAGCCAUCCAAUGCGUAGCGUCCUUCAUUUUUCUAUACUUCGCCUGUCUUUCCCCCAUAAUCACGUUCGGAGGGUUGCUGGGAGAAGCAACUGGGAAGAACAUGGCCGCCAUGGAGUCGCUGGUGUCCGGUUUCGUUUGCGGCAUCGGGUACGGCCUGUUCUCCGGACAGCCGUUGACUAUUCUAGGCUCCACCGGGCCGGUUCUGGUCUUCGAGACCAUCGUCUUCGACUUCUGCAAGAUAAACGACUGGAACUACAUGUCCUUCCGCUUCUGGAUCGGCUCGUGGAUCACGCUGAUCCUGGUGAUCCUGGUCGCGAUCGACGCCAGCGCCCUGGUCUGCUACAUCACGCGGUUCACCGAGGAGAACUUCGCCACCCUGAUCGCCUUCAUCUUCAUCUACAAGGCGAUCGAGAACGUGUCGUCGAUCGGUAAGAAGUAUCCUAUCAACACCUACGCGAACGAUCAGUUCGACUUCGAGUGUUGGUGCAAACCGCCGAAUGGUACGCUGCCGUCCAGCUACGAGAACGUCAAUUGGACGGCGCUGGACCAGAAAGCGUGCCAGAGCUAUAACGGUACCUUGAUGGGUUGCAAUCUACCGCACUACAUACCCGAUGUGUUCCUCAUGUCAAUUAUACUGUUCAUGGGCACCUUUUUAUUAUCCGUCGCGCUUAAAGACUUUAAGAACGCUCUCUUCUUCCCAUCGAAGGUCAGGCAGGUGGUCAGCGAUUUCGCGGUGAUCAUCGCGAUCUUCUCGAUGAGCACGCUCGAUCACGUCGUGAACAUACCGACACCGAAGCUGGAAGUGCCGGCGGAGUUCAAGCCGACGUUGCACAAUCGGGGUUGGGUUAUCUGGCCUUUUCAACAUAAUCCGUGGUGGAGCGCCAUCGUCGCGUGCCUGCCAGCUCUCCUAGGCACUAUACUGAUCUUCAUGGACCAACAGAUCACCGCCGUGAUCGUCAACAGGAAGGAGAACAAGCUGAAGAAAGGGUGCGGCUACCAUCUGGACCUGUUCAUCCUCGCGAUUCUGAUCGAGAUCUGCUCGGUGAUGGGACUGCCGUGGUUCGUGGCAGCGACGGUGCUCUCGAUCAAUCACGUGAAUUCCCUCAAACUGGAGUCCGAAUGCGCCGCACCGGGAGAGAAACCGCACUUCCUCGGGGUCCGCGAGCAGCGAGCCACCCACAUUCUCAUCUUCCUGAUGAUCGGCUGCUCUGUCCUGCUAACGCCGAUGCUGAGCCACAUUCCCAUGCCGGUCUUGUUCGGUGUUUUCCUCUACAUGGGCGUCGCCUCUCUGAAAGGCCUCCAGUUCUUCGACAGAAUCCUCAUCAUGCUUAUGCCGGUGAAAUAUCAGCCCGACUACAUGUUCCUCCGACAGGUACCAUUGAAACGCGUGCACCUGUUCACGGUGAUACAGCUAACCUGUCUGGCCUGUCUCUGGAUCAUCAAGUCCUUCAGCAGCACCUCCAUCUUGUUCCCUCUGAUGCUGGUGGUGAUGAUCGGCAUCCGCAAAUCGUUGGACCUGCUUUUCACACAGCGCGAGCUGAAGAUCCUGGACGACGUGAUGCCGGAACCGCACAGAAAGCACGCGGACGAUCUUCGCCAGCUCGAGAGUGGCGAGGAGCAGAACGAGUCGACGGGUUACGGGACGACUCCGAGCAACAUACAGAUCUCUUUGGCGAACGGGAACGUCAUGAAGAUCCCCAUGACGAGCAUCAAUAUCAGCGAGGAGGUGAACAGGACCGGGAUUUGGCAACAGGUGAACGAAGGGAACGAGAAGCCGAAGCAGAACAAGUUGAUCAACGCUGGUAAGCAAAAGAAGCAUUCGAAGAAGGAUAGCUCGUUGAUGGCCGACGAGACAACGAGACUGACCACGAUGACCGAGGAGGACGAGGAUGACAGUGGGAUCUCGAUCAAGGUAGAUCUUAUACGAUCGAAGGAGAGCAUCAGUCCGUUGACAGUGAACGGCACCACGUCCGCCGAGACCUCCGUCUAACGGCUACGAUCCUCAAGAUCCGCGAUCGUCCGACGUAGAUCGUUCAUCCACCGAUCGAGAUGCUACCGAUCGGUCUCUGUUGGCCGGUGCGAGCCUACCCUGCAAACGAUCGUGCUCCGAAAGGCAAUCGAGUCGAAACAGAGGAACACGCUUAUCCGUGACAGACAAUUGAUUUUUUAUUUGGUAGCGCGCACAGUCGCGCCGGAGGCUUUCUUAUCUUAUCUCGCUGUAAUCUGAUCGAGUGCAAUUAAUCGAGUGCCACUAGCGUAUAGCGCCGCGAGAGAGAAGUGAGAAAACAAGCGAAACGCACACCGUUCGGAGCAAAUGUAUAGAGCAGGCUAGGGCUGUUUGCGCCGAGAGUGCUCCUGAGUGCUCCAGGGAGCAACCUUUCGAUGCAAUCGGUGUCCAAGAAACGAGAGACAUUCGUUUUUCCAAAUAAUUUAUCUCCUUCCGUGCAGAGUUCCCCGAGGGGACGUGAUUUGGGGCAUCCGGGCUCGGCUCGUAGAACAUUCUGUGUAAUUUCAACCGAGAAGAAUUCCUCGGUCGUUCCGAACAGUCGUCCACUUCGGAAUUCGAUAUCGGAGAAUCAGGAAACACUCGAUCUUUCGACAGAAAGCUAAAUAUCUCGAUGUCGCUUCGCAGAGCGCCCAAGUGGGCGUAGCUAAAACGCUCCUGACGGAUCCAUGGACUAUUCUACAGGGCAAACUGUGCGCUUCUGAUCCAGAAUUCUCCCCUCCCGAACGCCCCCUCGAUGCCACAGAAUGUAAAAAUACUCAAUCUGCCGAUAGGAAACUAUCCAUCUCGCUGUAUCCGUGGCAGAAUUGCCAAGUGGGCGUGGCUUCGGUGCUCCCAGGAGUGAAGGAGCGCCUCGCAGGGGCGUGCCCGACUCUGCUGUAGAGUGUCGUAGAUUCGGAUCCCGUGGUCGUCGACGAGCCUCGAAUCUGCGAUAAUCAGUGUGCGAGAGACCCGUACUAUUUACCGUAACCGAUCGAGAAUAGCUAGCGUAGUUUCUACCCGUAACAGACAUGCCAAAGAAACCCCUUCAACGAUACGUCGACAGUUCCUUCGAGGGAUGAUCUCGCGAACUUCGCCGAGGAACACGGAAUAGAGGAUCACGUGAUCGGCUUGACAUUAGACGAGACUAGUACCGAUAAAUGAUCGCGCGACGAUCGUCAUCGUUGUCUGCCUCGGCUCGCUUCUCUAUUUACAAGGAAUCGCGGUCUCGUCAGAGGAAAUGCUUUCGAGGCGUCGGACACCGGCCAGAUGCGACAAUAUUGUUAUACGGCGGUUUUUUUUUACGACGAUCUAAUGGUUCAGCGAUCGAGCGUACUUUGCCACGGGGCCACGAGAUUUUUCCACGUUUUUUAACCGAGGCCCCGUGGAGACUGACUGAAUUCUCCCUCGAAGAGUAUCCUUCCCGAUCGACGUCGCCGACGGACGGAUCGCGAUGGAAUAAUCGAAGAUAUUCGACGGAAAAUGAUUCCGGUGAAACCAAGGUUGAAACUUCGUACUAGACAUCAUCUUCUGUCUCUUUCAUCUUUCGUUUGAAUUUUGCUUUCUUAGGCUCGAUAUCGAUUUUUUUAGAUCGAGUCCUGUCUUCGUUUAUUGGGACGUUCGGAAAGUUGUCUCGUUCUUUCUCGAGAAAACGAGAGAUGAUUUUGUAAUGUUUAGAGAAAAAUCUGUCCGACAUUCUUUCCCGAUAGCUUCGAAAUCUUACGCUCCCGUUUGUCAUCGAGUACACGAAUCGCGUGCUUUUUGAACACCCUUGCAAAAUAAAAUCUCGUAGAAACGUGUGAAGGUAAAAAUAUCGCCACGUUUUGACCUCUCGAUAAUAAAAAUAUAGCCAGGGUUAAGGGGGGAUCUUUGUGAGAAAUUUUAUAAAAAUUGAAGAGUUUCACUGUGAUCCAAGCAAGAUAAUCAAUAUUUCAGAAUAUCAUGCCGUAAACGCGUAGAAUCUGUCGAGCUUGGUUCGACCGAAUCCUUGCGAACGAUCAUCUUCUUGGGCGACUCCAUCGCGAUCCCCGGUCGAACGAGAUCAUUACCGUAACUGCAGUCUUUCAGAUAGCGAUGGAAACCGGAAACAGAAGCAGAAGCAUUUCCAAAGCCCCGCCUCCGCCGAUUUUUACUGGACGCCCAUCGCGAUCGGGGACAACCAGGAGAAUCCACAGAGAGAAUCCAAAACGAUAUUUUUCAGAUGCCACGUUACCGUGUUGUUGCGCACCACCGAGGCUUUCCCCCGACUCGUUCGAAAGCUGCGCGAAAAGUAUUUUGUAAGAAAGUGUUAGAGCAAUGUAGGCAGCAUCUCUGAGGAUACGUGGUUGUUUUAGCGAGCCGCUUCCGGCGUGCGUCGAUAUACGCACGCGAAUAGCAAAAGUAAGGGACACGGUCGCUCGUGUCGAUGUUACGUGUGUUUUGUAUAUAUAUAGUCCGUGGCGAGCAGGAUGAUCGCAGAUAGUCGGUGAGCGAAUAGGUUUGUCAGUAUUAUACCGAAACAUAAUGAAGAGGAUGUUAGCUUUACCGUGGGACAGCGGGUGUUUGCGCGAACAAUUGUUUCUAUGUCGCGGCGGAAAAUUCAUUUCGGAACGAUUCGUUGCGUUUGUUCUCGUUGGAUAACGACGCCAUUCGAUACCCUGAAUCGUAGAAAAUCCGCAGUCCACCCGUGAUUAGCCGAAGACGUAGUCGAAUAUCGCGAUGUUUCGAUAAAGAGCAUUUAUAUUUUCCAUUUACAUCGUUCGAGAGGAAUCGCUUCAAUGGUUGUUUUCUACGAAGAAAUAAGAUACGAGAGUUUGCGCGGUUGUCGAAUGCUGUUUAUCGGGCCUGACCUUAUCGGUCUGCCACCGACCACCCACGAAUCCUGAUCAGAAAGAAUACGAAUCUUUUUCUAUUGCAAUUCGCACCAGUAGCUUAAAAUUCGCGAUCAUGCAAUUUUUGUUUCGAACGGCUCUCUACUACCUUAACGAUCUCUCAACUUUGUCGGCGAAGAUUGAAAAUCAAAAACUGCAAUGAAUUCUGUUCUCUCGAAAUUAGCGUCACUUUUUCGAGGAUUAGAAAUCUUGCGGAGUCCCCGAAUACGGUAUCGAGAUCGCAUAAGGCAGGCCCGAAUGUAUUCGCGAAACGGGACAACGUCGAGAAUUCGUCGACGACGAGAUUGUCAGCGAAGAAAUGGAGUGCUUGACCGUAUUAGUAUCGAUGUAGCGUAUUUGAUGCAUGUGUUUAGUAUAACUACAGCGACGAAGAGGCUGAUUACGUUCGCGUCGGGUGUCGUUCGAAUUUACGCGAACCAGGCUGUGUGCAACGGACAAUGCACCUCGAUGAAUCGUGGACCGUACGAUCAUUUCUACACGAAGCAAUCGAGUUCUGCGCGCUUACCUUCGGCAUUACUUACGAGACUACGUGUGCGUGUAUAUACGAACGAAGGAAGAGGCAGACUGCGAGCGAAAAAAUGGUAUAUAAUCAGUCGCACUCGUGUAACUCGCUGCCGUGCAUGCAAUCGAUGUACAUUAGUCCUAUUUAACGACAUUAUUGAUAAAUUCUGAUUCGAAGAAAACACCGA